AUGACGACCAAAAGGAUCGAGAACCCCAUGCCGGAGCCCUCCCAGCUCACCGAGCUCAUUGACUCCAUGUCCGCCUCCACAAACCCACAAACAGCAACCACCCUCCAAAUCCUGCACAAUCUCCAAUACCAGCACCUUUGGACAUCGCUCCAGAUCCACGCAACACCAGCAGACAUGGCUUCAUCUGCGGAAGAUCCUCGGCCUACAUUGAUCUCCGGAAUUCCUCCACACCGCGUAUAUACCCACCCCGACGAACAACUGUACAUGUUAGAAAGAGGUCUCCGCGACGACGACCUGCGCCCGGAGCGACUUUUCGUGAUUCCCACUGCGCAAGGACAGCGCUGGUCUCUUCGGCGCAUGGCUGCUGUUUUUGAUGCCAUGUCUGACAUUGAAGUUGCUGCUGACGACGAGUCUGACACUGUUGCUCUGCCUGAAGGAGCAAAGGCGGAGAAGCUGGAGGAGUACUAUCGGAAGAGGGCGGAGGCUGAUAUCACGAAGGAGUGGGGCUCCAAGCGGGCACUCUUGGGCAUGGUGGACAAGGGGAUGGGUGGAGAAGGGACGGUGGUUUAUUAUAUUGUGCAGGAGGGUGAAGUGAAGCCUCGACAGAACUAA